AUGAGGCCUCAGCUGGCCCGAAGGGAUGGCACCGAAGGCCCGAGCCGUGGCCUGAAGGAAGCCCGAGUUGAGAACGUUGAUGGUCUUUCUCGCAUGUCCCAGUGCCUGAGGGCCCCCUUGGAGACGCUCUCCAUCACUUGCUGCCAGCUGACAGAAUGGGACCUGGUGUGCCUGUCCCAGGGCCCCAGCGUCACUCAGCUAAAGGAGCUGGAUCUGAGUGGCGUCAGGCUGAGCUCUGUUCGUCUGAAGCCCCUGCAAGUCCUGCUCGACGCUGUGGCAGCCACCCUCCAGACCCUGAAUUUGGAACACUGUGACCUCUUGGACACUCACCUGGAGGCCAUCCUGCCAGCUCUGAGCCGCUGCCACCAGCUCCGGGCUUUCCGUGUGGGCGGGAACUCCUUCUCCACGGCCAUGGUGUGGCAACUGCUGCAGUACAACCCCAAGCUGGACCACCUGAGCCUGGGGAUGUCUCCUUUCCCUGUGGCGAAUUACCAUUGUCAGGGAAUUACCUACCGCGGGAGGAUUGCCCAGGCUCAUGCCAGGAUCAUCUGGCUUAGCAAUGGCUCCUGUCUUCACUGGGACAGGAUAAGCGAUGGUUCGGGCCCCCUUAUGUGCCCCUGGGAACUGCCUGACUAG